ACAAUGUUAGAUUCGCCUUUUAACCUUUGACCUCACCCUGGAAAGAAAGAUAAGAUGACUGAUAUACUGUGUAAAUGGCUGAAUGAUGACAUAUGCGUGGAGCCCAAGCUCACUAAGUCCAGCUUCUCUGGUGUAUUUUCCAAUGGUUACUUGUUUGGAGAGGUACUGCACAAGCAUGGGCUGCAAGCAGACUUUGCUCACUUCUCAAAAGCAAGGAGCUCUGAGGCAAAGCUCAACAACUUCACGCGAUUAGAGCCAACCUUCAAAUUGUUGGAGAUUCCAUUUAACAUCAACAUGGCACGAGACCUCAUGACUGAGAGACCUGGUGUAGCUACUAGACUAUUGUACCAGCUCUUUGUAGCACUCAACAGAAUCAAGGUAUCAUCACUAUAUCAGUGUGUGUGCAGUACUAACCAUUACCCACAGGACAACAAGGUCCAGUCACUGCAGUCAAUGAGGCCUCCAGGGAAACUCAAACUAGAGAGAAUAGAGACCGGAAUAUUCCAGAAGAAACUAAAGCAGCAGACACCACGACAAGUGGACCUCAACUUUGAAGGGCUUAUUCAAAAGUUCCAAGAACGGCAGAAAAUAUUCGAAGAAAAGUUGCUGACUGAACAAAAGAAAGAAGAGUCAAAAAUUCAGCAGGAACGUAGGGAGGUGUGUCAAAAAUCACUGGAGAGGUCGAGGGAGGUUCGAGAGAGUCAGUCCCAUAUGUAUGCUCGUCUGAAGCCACUCUUCCCCUCCAAAGCGUCCCCCGCACACAGCUGCAAUACCACUGACUCAGUAGCUGGUUCCAAACCAUCCCCCACACGCAGUAAGACUACUGGCUCGGUACCAGGUCGCUCAGUGAGGGUACAAGCAGCUGAAGCACUGGCUACUAGGGACGGUAUAGAUAGGUUUGAGGCUGGACUGAGCCUACGCAGUGAACCCAUGGAGACAAGACCAUACUCAACUGGAAGUAUAGGAGAGGGGACCGCUAUGACAAAGACGAAGGGUCCCUCCAGUGACUAUGUGGCUCAGAUCAGGCAGAGAGUGCAGGAUAAUGAACUAGCUAGAAAGGAGAGGGAGAAGCGUCGCAGGAAGGUACUAGUGGAGCAGAUGGAAGCUCUACAAGAACAAGAGAAUGCUCGUCGUGAGAAGCUCCUGGUGGAGAGACUCAUGCGUCAGUGUCAGCAGGAGCGCCGGGUAGCUACUCAACUCAUGGCCAUUCGUAAAGAGAAGGACACGAUUCGUAACAACCGUAUCCACCAACAGCAGCAGUACGAGGAGGAGAGGCUGGCAGAGUUCAACCAAGCUCUGGAUAGAGAGAAAGAGCUGGCUGCCUGUGAUGAGCAGGAGAGGGCUGACAAGCUGAAGCACCAUCAGAGUGUGUACAAACAGCUGAGGACCAACAAGGCAGAGCUACACUAUCACAGGAACUAUAAGAUGUGUCAGGACAUGCUACUCUUAAUGGUGGAUCUAUCCUCUAAAGUGGCAGAGUACAGAGAGCUCACUAGAGGACUGGUUCCUGCUAAACUGGUGGUGGAUUGGAAGACAUUGUUCGUGGCAGGCAAGUCAGCGUAUGAUGACCCCAGUGUCACCUCUGACCCCGUUGACCCCUUGGCCCAAUCAAUGGCCAGCAGUGCAAGUUCUAAUUUCAAGAGAAACAAUGAUCAGCUCCUGGAUGAAGCUGACCUCAACGAAUACAAGAGUGCUGUCCAUGCGUGGUCCCCUCCCGAGGACUUCACUGCUCCGGCCCUGUUCCCUCGUCCCCCCAACUCCAUCCUCUGUCACAUUGUCUACCGUCUAUUAGACAUGGUGGACCCUCCCAAACCACCACCCUCUCCACCCUCAUACCCAAAGUUCUUACUACGUGCCUCCAUCAUGGGACGACCCUUCGCUGGCAAGUCCACCAUACUCAGGAGGCUGGAACAGGACUUGCCCAUGCUGCAUGUACUGAACCCUGAGGACCUGGUGACUAAAGCCGUGGGUACCUACCUCUCAGAGAAGCGUGUACUGGAGAGUCAGUUGAGCACUGGGUCUGUGGAUACAGAGGAUCCCACACCGCCACCACCAGCUACCUCUGUGGAGGCUGUCACACCACCGAUGGAUGCUCCACUCUCUGAAGAGAGCUGCCCUAGACUGGGUUCAGAGAUAAACCUAUCGGAGGACCUUGUCUCCAAGUUGUCAGGACUGGGUCAGUUGGGGCACAAGGCCCACUCUGCUGUAGUCAAUGGAGAGGCUCUGGAUGAUGAGACCAUUGUCAACAUCCUCACUACUGAGAUGAGGGGUCUCCCAGAUGGUAGUGCCUUUAUCCUAGACAACUUCCCUCUCACCAUGAACCAGAUGAUAAUACUCAUCGCCACUAUUUUGGGUGUGAAAACUCUAUCGUUCAGUGUAUCUAGAGAGUUUAAACUCCUCCCCCAAGAUGCUGACCUCUCUCGUGAUCCAGGCCCUGUAUCUGACCUCAUACUACAGCUCCAAAUAUCCACUGACAAGGUUCUGCAGAGGGCCAGUCAAACAACCCCAGGCGAGCAGCUGAGUGGUAAUAGACUGGAGCAGGUUCAUCAUCGUCUGCUCACCUUCGACACUGAAUGGCCUCAGCUCAGGAGAUGGAUUCUCAAGUUUGGAGGCAUUGUCACCAUCAACGCAAACAAGGACAUAGACUCUGUGUAUGAGGCAGUGAGGGAUAAAGUUCAGGGGGGCAUCAAUAAGGCAAAACACUCCAGAGCAGUGAAGGAACUUGGCCUUUCCUCAGAAGCCAGUGGCUUGAUGAGUGGCUCCACGUCCACCCUUCUGAGCAAUAGUCCUCCUAAGAGGGCAAUCUCCCCCAUCAAAUCAUCUCCCUUGAGGAAGAGCCGGAGACCGUCCUCAGCCAGUAUUAUGUCGCCUGUAGGUCUAACAUUGCCCACCUCUUCAAGCUGCCACAGUCCACUAAUGCAGAUAAAUGCGAAACAAUCCCAGUCUUUGAUAGAGCCUGGUGACCCUGGCUGGAGCUAUUGUGAUCGUCCCCUCAACCCAGAGCUAGCCACCGGAUUGGCUCAAUUGUGGCCAGGGCUGGAGGAGGUGUAUCUACGCACACUCAAGGAAGUGUUUCAAGAGCUAAGGACGGAGAGGGAGGCGGUCUGUCAUUACUUCUAUGAUAAGAGGACUGAGUUUCGGGUGUACUUGUGUCGACCUGACACUAAGCAAGAGUUUGUGAAUCAGUGGCAGUGCUCCUACAAUGACCUCCCUCUCCAUCUCCGUAGAGAAGUGGUCAUGAAGGCAGAGCUUCACAAGAGAGUGGAUGACUUGUGUGAGAAGCUAUUGGAUAUAUCUGAUCAUCGUCGUGAUAGUGCCAGUGGGGAGAGGCAGCGUAUUCUCACUGACCAAUGGCUGGAGGACCAUAUUGGGAUCAUUACUAACCACCACAUCUCACUGCUACAGGCUGAGGUGGACAGGUUCUACAGUACCUCCCUACUGCUCAAGGACUACUACACUGGCAUGGAAGACAAGGUUCCUGCCAAGCUCCCUGAUCCUGGUAGACUCUCACUCAUUGAGCUACCCCCCACGGAGCCACAGGACCCCCCACCCAGCAACACCACCUCCACUAACAACAUGAAGGAGACACGCAGCAGCACAACAGAGGAAGAACCCUCCACCACCACUGUCCUGUCUCCAAAGAGAGAUACCAUAAAACAAAAAGUUCCGUUGUUACCACGGCAACUCCUACCAGAGCCAACAGAGGAUAAAGUUCCUAAGAAGAAAGGGGGCAUAGCUGCAGCAUCGACUCCUCCCCCUCCAGUGGAGGACAUCAGCGGACUGGAACUAGACCAACAGCUAGUGGUCCAUGCAUACAACAGUGCCACAGCCUUCGUCUUCACAACAAUGUCUCGUGAUAUGCGGGUAUUGGAAUCAGUUAUAGCUGAGCUCAGCAAACCUCCAGUGACUGCCCCUCCAGUGGAACCACCUCCUCCAGAACCAAGGGAUAACAAGAGUGCCAAGGGAAAGAGAAACAAGGGAAAGAGUCCAGCUCCUGGUAAGAAAGGCAAGGCGGCUAAAGCUCCUGACCCGCCACCAGAGCCCCAAGCCGUUACUCUGAGUCCCAGUGUUGUGGCUGAGAGACUGAGAGCAGUACCCAUGCACAGGGAGCACAAAGCAGCACUGGAACAAGAGGAGUGUCGUGUGAAGCUGAGGCUGGAGUUGAUCAAGCUAAAGUGCUUGGAGCAGAUCAAAGGCAUUAAGGAGACAGCAUGUGUGUUGAGUGGUGAGAUGGAGGAAUGGCUAGUGGAGGUGUUCCAACAAGAGGUGGCUUGUGUAACCAGUCUGACUGAGAUAUUGAGACAGGCCAUUGAGAAUGAGGAGAAGCUACUCAAAGAAAUUGUCCUACCAGGACCUUCCAUCAACAUCAAGGAGAGUUGUGUACUGAGCUACCCCACACCCCCACCCUCCCCUCCACCGCCCACGGAGCCCACACACCCUCACACCUUCACAGCCUCACAGCUGCUAGCCCUCCACUCACAGCUAGCUAGUGUAUCUCCUGAUGGCUACCUACUAGCCUCUACACUGGUGGACACUCUAGUGGGUCUGGCUGAGAGGAGCAACCUACCAGACCUGUGGUCCACACUGUCAAGGCAACAGUUUGAGAGCUUGUGUGAGGGUGUGUAUGGUGUGGAGGGGGAUAUGGUUGACUGGAGACGACUGCUACUCACACUAGCACAGCCUUGGACCAUACCCACUGCCGAACAGCUCGUCUCCAUGGUGACAACAAUGAGUGGGCGUAUCAGUCGCGAGGAAUAUGGCCGCACUAGUACAUGGCUCGAUGAAUCAGGAGAUGAAAGAGAUAGCAGACUGAAACAGGUAUUCUUUGAAAUACUGAGUGAUCCCUCCACGAAUAGUCUGGAGGUGACCUCUCUACUCCUCUACAUGUCCUCUGACCCCUCCCCUGGCGGACAAGGGCUACUCAAGGCUCUCAGUGUAGUGACUGGAGUUAACCUGGCCUCUAGCGAGGAGGCCACCUUAUCACUGGAGGAUCUGUACAAGGCUCUGACUCAUGCCAGCUAUCCGGAGGCACCACCAAUCACCACUAGUGAUCUAUUCAACUUGUUUGUGAGUGUCAGCCCUGACCAACCCAAUGAGGUGGCCCUGGCAGAGCUACUGGCCAGAGAGGGAGUGUGGGACUACCUCACAUCCAUCAGCCCCUACCAUCUCCCUGUAUUGGAUCCCUACAUGAGACCAGUCAGCAUGCUCACAGAAACUGAUUAACUGUUAUAGUUUAUAAUUAUAAUGCCAUGCUGCAUGUUGUACACUAUACAUGUCAAUUACUCAUGUCUGCUAAUAAUAUUUGUUAUUUGGAAACGUAAAGUUGUCUUA